UAUGUAUAUUUUUCGUCUACGAUAGCCAUGCAGGCGAUCUCUGUUAUAUUUUUAUUUAAUUAAAAUAGUAAAAAAUAACAAUUAUGGAACAAAGUAAAGCCAAUUCGCCUAGGCUUUUUGUGUGUACUGCUAUAGAAAACAAGGAUGAAAUAGAAGAGCGGUACGAAAGAGCUUAUAACUUUUUUCAAUCUCUUGUGGCAGACUGCAGUGAAAAAGAGGCUCACGACGCGCUUAACAAUGCUGUUUGUAAAAACCACGAAGACGUGUCACUUGGAAUGCUCAUGUCAAUACUUACAGAGCCUCACAAUGCAACUAAAUGUUAUCGGGACCUCACUCUCGUCACACGAGACGGACUAACAUGCGUGCUAAACAAUUUAUCUAAUUUGAUUUUAGAGAGAUAUUUAAAAUUCCAAGAUACUACCCGUAAUCAAUUAUUAUGGCUUUUAAAAGAAAUGAUUAGAAAUGCUGUGAAUGGUGUUGAUAGUGUGUGUUGGAAUUUGAUGCGUUAUGCAUCAGGAGGAGAUGUUACUCCUAAAAAUAUUUUCUUAGUGGAAUCUCUUUUAGACAUUUAUAUUGACAAUCGAAUGUGGCUCGAUAAGUUUCCCGUACUUGUAUGUAUGGUAGUGUAUACGUAUUUGAGAUUGAUAGAAGAUCAUAAUAUACCGCAGUUAAUGGCUCUAAGACAAAAGGAGGUCAAUUUUGUAAUUGCCUUGAUUCGAGAACACUUUAAUGAAGUUUUAACACUUGGAAGAGACUUGGUACGACUAUUACAAAAUGUUGCUCGUAUUCCUGAAUUCAACCAACUGUGGCAAGAUAUUUUAAUAAAUCCGAAAACAUUGUCACCAACCUUCACAAACGUCAUGCAGCUCCUUCAAAUAAGAACUUCGAGGAGGUACUUACAAUCUAGACUUACACCAGAAAUGGAACGUAAACUAGUCUUCUUAACAUCUCAAGUUAGAUUUGGUCAUCACAAAAAGUAUCAAGAAUGGUUUCAGAGACAAUAUCUAGCUACACCAGAAUCUCAGUCCCUUAGAAGUGAUAUGAUUAGAUUUAUUGUAGGUGUCAUACAUCCGACCAACGAGUUAUUAUGCUCAGAUAUAAUUCCAAGAUGGGCUGUCAUUGGAUGGCUUUUAACAACAUGUACUUCAAACGUUGCUGCCUCAAAUGCAAAAUUAGCUUUAUUUUAUGAUUGGCUAUUCUAUGAUCCUGAAAAAGAUAAUAUCAUGAACAUUGAACCCGCUAUUCUUGUAAUGCAUCAUUCGAUGAGAUCCCACCCAGCUGUUACCGCUACAUUACUGGAUUUCCUUUGUCGUAUUAUUCCAAACUUUUAUCCUCCUUUUGCUGACAAAGUUAAGCAGGGGAUAUUCAAUUCCCUACAACAAAUAAUUGAAAAAAGAGUAUUACCCAAUUUGCAGCCACUGUUUGACUCACCGAAAUUAGAUAGAGAGCUGCGCACAACAGUUAGAGAAACAUUCAAAGAAUUCUGUAGCAAUGGUAAUGGAGAAGGAGUAUCUGGAAUAAGAGAUGAAGGAAAUGAUGAUUUACCAAGAGGUGGUCCUGAUGAACCCGCUUUUUCAGACGAUGAAGAUGAUCCUCAACCAAUAAUAGCGGAGGAUACAGAUGAUGACGACUUACCACUAUCUGAAGUUCGAGCACGUGAAAGGCCUGAACUAGCAGCAGCAUUACCGCUUAUUUUACGACCUUUUGCUGAAACAUUAUUAGAUGACCGAACAUCUGCAGCUGCAACUGCCUUACUCAAUGCAUGCACCAGUCCAAUGCCAACGCCGAUCGCUCUUGCCGAUUUAUUUGCGGCGACAUUACAAGACGCAUCUCCUUUACGAAUAAACCGCAAUCCAUCUACAUCUGAACUAGAUGUAGCUCUUAAUUCACCAAUAUUUUCAUUGUUCAGUUAUCUUCAUAGCAACGUAAGUGAAGCAAAACGUAAACUUGUUUUAGAAACACUUAAAGAGAUAUAUGCACAGAAUUCAAUUCAAAGCGUAGGUUAUUGUUUAUUAUUUUAUUUAAAAGUAUGUUUUGAAAGAGAAAAACGAGCAGAAAGGGAUCCUGUAAAAAAAAGAAAUGUAAAGUUCAAAGCGGAUAUCUAUAAAAAUUAUUGUAGUUUUUUAGAGUUAAAACUUGCUGAAAGCUUAGCAGACGAUUUUGAAAAGUGUCAAGAAUGUGAUGCCAAUGUACUUGUAUGGUUAAUACCAGAUGUUUAUAGAGAAUUUAAAGAUCAAGUUCAAAACCACAUAAGAUUACUGCACAUUAUUGUUUCAACAUUAGAUGCAGGACAGCUGCAGCGUCUCGUGUGCCUCACAUUGCAAGGAAAUUUAAUGAUGUUUAAAUCUGACGAUAUAACAACAAUGCUUUCAACUAGUCUGAGUUGGGAAACAUUUGAACAGUACUGCCUUUGGCAACUUUUAACUGCUCACGAAAUAUCGGUGGAGGACGUGUUACCUGUAAUUCCUAAAUUGUCCUAUAAGGAUCAUGCUGAAGCCUUGACAUCAGUACUAUUAAUGUUAAAGCAAGAACGUCCUACUGCCGAUGUUGUAAGACAAAUGUUUUGCAGACCAGUUGAUGAAGAGGAUGCGUUUGUUGUUUCAACCGUCAUGUAUUGGUGUCAGGACUAUGAAGACAAGGUUGCAGAUUUACUUGCAGUGCUAUUAAGUACAAGGUAUCCAGGUACUAGUCCAAAUAAAAGAAAACGUCCUGGAAAACACAACAUUCCGCCAAACGCGCCACCUUCUGCGGAACUAGUUUUAGGUCAUUUAGAGCAAAUAAGAGUAUGCUGUGUUGAACAAGAUGAUAUGUCAAUUUUUAACAUGGAGUGCUUGCAGAAAGCUUUACAACAAUCACAGUCGAAUAGUAGUGAUAGCUUGAAGAGACAAUAUAACGAACUAUUUUUAUUAGCUUGGGAAGAUGAACUUCCAAUUUCAAGGAGAGCAAGGAAACUAGUUUCGAACUCAUUACCAAUGAAUCCUAACUUACAUUCAUCAAAUGAGGAUAGUGAGGAAGAAGAAAUCGUAAAGCCGAAACAAGCAAAACGACGGAAGAAAGCAAUAUCGGAUAGUGAUUGACAUAUCUCAUUGAAAAAAUAUGGUUAUUUUAAACACCAAAGUGCAACUCAACAAUACAAAAAAUAUAAAUAUGUUUAAUACAUAUUGUUUGUUACCUUAAAUUGUCACAGGGGUGCGAUUCUAAGAAGAGUACCUUACUUUAUUGUCAUAUUAUUUUGCUUAGAUAUUUUUAUGUAAACUACAUAAUAUUACUAUGUAAUAUUACUGUUACUUUUGAAAUUAUAAUUUUGCCACAAUUAAGUGUUAUGUUAAUAGAAUAUAUGUAGAUACAUAAUUUUAUUAGUUAUAUCUUACAUGAUUUUAAAAAAAUGGUGUCAAAAAACAAAGUGUAAAUGGCCUCAUUAUUUUACCACUAAAUGCAUAGCACAAGUAUUAGGGAGUCUGGUGAUGGACAACUUUAUUUUAAAUAAUUUCAUUGUAAAUUCUGUAGUAAUAUGUGUAGCGUAAAUUCCAUUUUGUUAUAUAUAUCUACGUUUUAGCAACACAUACUAAGUUGAACUUAUUUUAAUUAUAAGGUAUGUGACCAAGAAUUAUAUUCAAAAGAUAUAUUGUAUUGAUGCAAUUUUCGAAAUACAUUUUACACUAGGAUCAAUAAAGUAUUGCCCCUAA